AUGGCUGAACAACGUAGAGGUCCCGGAAGGCCCAGGACGAGGAAUGUGGAGACUGAGCCUGAAACUGAGAAUGCGGGUGUGCCUUGGGUGCAGAUAAUGCAACAGAUGCAGCAGCAGAAUCAAAUGAUGAUGCAAAUGAUGCAAGGCAUGCAAGGGCAACAACCAACCACUCCUGCUCCUACUCCUCAGGCUGCAGCAGGGCCUGACUUUCGUGCCUUCUUUCGGAUGGAUCCGCCAGAGUUCUUGGGUGGCUUAGAUCCUGUGAUUGCUCAUGAUUGGCUAUAUGCUAUGGAGAUGAUAUUCCAGGCUAUUCAGUGCACAGAAGAAGAGAAGGUGAUCUUUGCUGCUCAGAAAAUGAAGGGACCAGCAGGUAGAUGGUGGAAUACGGAGUCUACGUAUUUCACUAACCAAGGGAUUCCAAAGGAUUGGCAACAUUUCAAGACAGCUUUCUUGGAGAAGUACUACCCCAACAGUGUGCAUGCUUUGAAGGAGUGUGAGUUUCAGUCCUUCAAACAAGGAAACAUGUCGGUAUCUGAAUAUGCUGAGAAGUUUGAGGACAUGGCUGCCUAUUCUAGACAAGUAGCUUAUGCACCAGAUGAGUUGUGGAAGAAUGAUCAGUUCCUCAUGGGGCUGAAUGCUGAUAUUGUGCACAGUGUGUCUCAAAGGGAGUUUACCACCUAUGCUGAGUGUUUAAGGCAAUGCUAUGUUGCCGAGAACACAUUGAAGAGAGUCCAAGAUGAAAGAGAACAGAAUAAGCCGGUUCGUAGGGAACAAUGCAAUAGGAAGCAUUAUGGUAAUUGCUCAACAGGUCCAAAGAAGUGCUUCAAGUGUGGGAUGACAGGUCACUUUGCAAGGGAAUGUGCAGCCCCAGAUGUUCCCGAAAAGACUACUGGACGUGUUUACACCUUAGACGCAAGGAAGGCUCAAGGAAACACCAAUCUUGUUGCUGGUACGUGCUAUGUUAAUGAUCAGCCCUUGUUUGUGCUAGUUGAUUGUGGAGCAACACAUUCUUUUAUUUCUUACCCUUGUGUUCGGAGGCUUGGUUUUGAGACGAGUCUUCUUCCUAAUCCUAUGAUUAUCUCAUCGGCUACGGACGAUGUAGUAGAAGCUCUAGAAAUUUGA